GUCAACUCUCAAAACAUGAAUUUUAUUCGUAUUUUAUAUACUCUUAAAUUACAAAUAAUUUCUAAUGCAAGAACACCUUCUACACAAUAAAAGGUCAUAAAUGUAAAUCCACAUACUCAUCGAAAUUUAUCCAAUAUACGCAAAUCUCAGCCUCAUUUCUCCGACAAAACAAGCAUGGAAGACACAACAUGGGAGCAAAAACUCCACGCCCUAACCCACAUCCUCACAACCCCCACAACCACACCAUCUCUCCACUCUCAAUUCUUCAUCGCCACCCAAAUCCCAUGCUACCUCAACUGGGACUACCCUCCAAUCCUCUGCUCAAAUCCAUCUCUUCUCCAAAAAUGGAAUCGCUCGUUCUUCCUCAAAAGGCUCACCACAAUGGGCAUUCCUAAAACUUCCUGGAGGUCGAAGUGUCCGUUCCAGCAACCUCCGCCAUUGAUUCUUGCUAGAGGAGUUGAGGAGGCACAGUGGGGAAAUGAAGAGAGGAAGAGUUAUGCUAGGAAGAGACUUUCUAGGAAACAGAUUGGUAGAGAUGUUAAUCCUGUUUUGGCCGUUUUGUUACCUAGUGCUUUGCUGUUGUCGGUUUUUAUAUGGAAUCCGUUUAGUUAUCUUGAUUGAAUUUUCAAUUACAAAUUCUGGUAUCA